AUGGCCCCUUCAGUCGUCGAGAACGUCGGACUUCGUUCCGCGACAUUCACAGUGCCCCUCAAGACGGAUACAGGACACAACAAGGAGAAUCUCAUCGGAUACAAGUAUGAGAAAGAAGCCGAGCUCAAUGGCACCGAUAAGAUUGCUCCGGCUUCAUACCCUAAUUAUCUUCCCGUGUGGGACAAUGAAACUGAGAGAUACCCACCUCUAACCCUCUUCGAGCACUACGACCACGGCAAAGACGCAGACCCAAGCUUCCCAGAUCUCUUCCCAAAAGGCCAAGCCGAACUCGACGACAUCACACCCUUCAUCGGCACAGAAGUAAAAGGUGUUCAACUAAGCAAACUAUCAAAAGCAGGCAAAGACCAGCUCGCUCUCUUCGUCGCCCAACGCCGAGUAGUCGCCUUCCGCGACCAAGACUUCGCCUCCCUCCCCAUCCAAGAAGCAGUCGACUACGCCGGCUACUUCGGCCGCCACCACAUCCACCAAACAUCCGGCGCCCCAAAGGGCUUCCCGGAAAUCCACCUCGUAUUCCGCAGCGCCGACGACUACACAGGCAGCAAGUUCCUCGAGCAGCGCACAAACACCAUCACCUGGCACAGCGACGUCACGUUCGAGAAACAGCCGCCGGGCACAACGUUCCUGUACGUGCUGGACGGGCCCACGACGGGCGGCGAUACGCUCUUCGGAGACAUGGCGCAGGCUUAUAAGCGGCUUCCGCCCGAGUUUCGACAGCGGCUGCAUGGAUUGAAGGCGGCGCAUUCGGGCGCGGAGCAGAUUAAUGCUAGUUUGAAUGGGGGCGGCAUUGCGAGGAGGGAUCCGGUUGUUUCGGAGCAUCCGGUUGUGAGGACUCAUCCUGUUACUGGGGAGAAGGCGCUUUAUGUGAAUCCGCAGUUUACCAGAUAUAUUGUUGGGUAUAAGAAGGAGGAGUCGGACUACUUGCUCAAAUUCUUGUUUGAUCAUAUUGCUCUUUCGCAGGAUUUGCAGGCUCGUGUUCGGUGGAAGGCUGGGACUGUUGUUGUUUGGGAUAACCGGUUGGCUUGUCACUCUGCUGUGUUUGAUUGGGAGGAUGGUCAGAGACGACACAUUGCUCGUCUGACACCGCAGGCUGAGCAGCCCUACGAGACACCUUUUGAGGGUUGA